UUUGCAGACACACUACAUCAAGACAAGUGAAGAUGGCGGAUGUGUUGAGUGUUCUCCGUCAGUACAACAUCCAGAAAAAAGAGAUCGUCGCUAAAGGAGAUGAAGUUAUAUUCGGGGAGUUUUCCUGGCCGAAAAAUGUCAAGACCAACUACAUAAUCUGGGGAACUGGUAAAGAGGGCCAGCCCAAAGAGUAUUAUACUUUGGACUCUAUCUUGUUCUUACUCAACAAUGUGCAUCUUCCGCAUCCAUCCUAUGUGCGAAGAGCUGCAACAGAGAACAUCCCUGUUGUCAGGCGACCUGAUCGAAAAGGCUUGCUGUCGUAUCUCAAUGGAGAGAGUUCGACAUCGACAAGCAUCGACAGAAGUGCACCUAUAGAAAUAGGUUUGCAGAGGCCAACACAAGUGAAAAGAGCAGCAGAUGAAGUUUCUUCUGAAGCCAAAAAACCAAGAAUCGAGGAUGAGGAGCGGGUGCGUCUGGAUAAGGAGCGUCUGGCUGCCCGUCUGGAGGGCCAUAAAGAGGGCAUCGUGCAGACGGACCAGAUCAGGUCUCUGUCUGAGGCCAUGUCAGUGGAGAAGAUCGCAGCCAUCAAAGCCAAGAUCAUGGCCAAGAAACGUUCCACCAUCAAAACUGAUCUGGAUGAUGACAUCACCCUGAAGCAGAGAAGCUUUGUGGACGCCGAGGUGGACGUCACCCGAGACAUUGUCAGCAGAGAGCGGGUGUGGAGGACAAGGACCACCAUCCUGCAGAGCACCGGAAAGAACUUUUCCAAGAACAUCUUUGCCAUCCUUCAGUCAGUGAAAGCCAGAGAAGAAGGGCGAGCACCGGAGCAGAGACCAGCACAGAACACUUCUCAAGCUGACCCGUCCUUAAGGAACAAGCAGCCAGUCCAAGCUGCUUACAACAGAUAUGAUCAGGAGCGAUUCAAAGGAAAAGAGGAAACGGAGGGUUUCAAGAUCGACACCAUGGGCACAUACCACGGCAUGACCCUGAAGUCAGUGACGGAAGGAGCGUCUGCUCGGAAGGCCCAGACCCCCGUUCUGCCGCCAGUACCGCGUCCAGUAUCACAAGCCAGACCUCCACCAAAUCAGAAAAAAGGUUCACGGACGCCAAUCGUCAUCAUCCCCGCCGCCACCACCUCACUUAUUACUAUGCUCAAUGCCAAGGAUCUUCUGCAGGAUCUGAAGUUUGUUACUCCAGAGGAGAAGAAGAAGCAAGGUAUUCAGCGGGACAAUGAAGUUCUGCUUCAGAGGCGCAAAGAUCAGAUCCAGCCGGGUGGCACAACACUGAGUGUCACUGUCCCGUAUCGAAUCAUCGACCAGCCUCUUAAACUGGCUCCACAGGACUGGGAUCGAGUGGUGGCCGUGUUUGUGCAGGGUCCUGCCUGGCAGUUUAAAGGCUGGCCGUGGCUGCUGCCUGAUGGAUCUCCUGUCGACAUUUUCGCCAAAAUCCGAGCCUUUCAUCUGAAGUACGAUGAGGCCAAGAUUGACCCAAACGUGCAGAAGUGGGAUGUAACUGUGCUGGAGCUGAGCCGCCAUCGACGCCAUCUGGACCGGCCUGUCUUCCUGCGCUUUUGGGAAACCCUGGACAGAUACAUGGUCAAACACAAAUCUCACCUCAGGUUCUGAGCCCAGUCCAUAGCAUCCAUCCCCCAAAAAUCCUACAACUAAAUUCAGCAACCUUCCAACUCUCCUGGGUCCUCGUCCUGCCAAGGUAGCUCCUCUCAUAAGAGCGGCCAUCGCAGUUUCCAACAUUUUAACAGGAGGAAGAGAACAGAUGAUCCUGCAGACUUCCUCACUUCCUCUGGAACUCCUAUGGGGGUGGUUGUGGAAAUGUUGCUCUGGACAGUGAAGAGGACAUUUUUGUUUUUGUUGUAAUUGUUUUCUAAUGAUUUCAUGUAGUUAUACAAAAAUACCAAAAUGUUUUCUAUAAAAACAUAAUGUGGAAAAAAUUUAGCUGAUUUAAGGCAACAUAAAAGGGUAUUGGGAUGAGGAGGGUUGCGUUUUUUGUCCAGUUAUUGUCAGUGAAUUUAACUCUGUGUAGAUUGAGAGGAAACAGCAAAAUGACUCUCAGUACAGACACACGAUUUCAUUUACACUUAUUUUCUGUUGUUGGGGUGUUUGUGGUCUGAAUGUACAUAAAUGUAUGUUAAUACUACAGAAAAAGUACUCGGUAUGACGAUCACAGUCAGGCAGUCUGUUCCUAGCUCAGUUUCUGACGGAUCAGCACAUCUCAUGGUCGUUCAAUGACCCUGUUAAAGUGUUCUUUUUCUUCUUUGUUGGUGUUGUGCUAGAGGAGACAACAGAUGGAAGGUUUUUCUUUAAGGCAUUAUAUGGAAAUAGACAAUAAAGCCUCAAAGAAACAAA